UUCACUACAUAGUACAUACCCAUUAGAAUCAACCAAUCUUAGCAACAAGAAGAAACUCAUACAGAUCGUACGAGGAGAGGACAUGGUGAGUCUUCAAUUUUCAUCGGCUGUUAUUACGUCAGUGGCUUAUUCCUCAUCUCGUUGCCGGAGAGGAAUGAUAAGAGCUACUAUCAAUAUGCCUAAGCUUCAGCCCGGCCGCCUAUCUUUGAACCUCCCCGCUAGAAAUUUGGUACUACAGGAAGUACUGGACAUGGGGGUUGGACUCACAGCUGCAACCACCAGCAAUUUGGAGAAGAAAUACGAGCUGAGUACUAAUGGUACUUUCCCUUCUGUGAGCAAUGUUUCUGAUCCUUUGGUGAUCGCUAAACUCCAUGCAAUCAUGGAGGCUGUUGCAGAUAGAGUGGAGAUGCACAAGAAUAUCGGUGAGCAGCGUGAUAAUUGGAACCAUCUUCUUUUGACAUCCAUUAAUGCAAUCACACUCACUGCUGCAACCAUGGCUGGAAUUGCUGCUACAAGCGUAGGAGGACCCCUUGUAGCUCUCAAGCUCUCUUCCACUCUGAUGUAUUUGGCAGCCACUGGGAUGUUGGUGGUGAUGAAUAAGAUCCAGCCAUCUCAACUCGUCGAAGAACAGCGCAAUGCCGCGAGGUUAUUUAAGCAGCUUCAUGGCCAGAUUCAAAGAACACUCUCUUGUGGCACUCCUACUAGUACCGAUGUUGAGGAAGUUAUGGAGAAAGUUUUGUCACUGGACAAGGCCUUCCCGCUUCCUUUACUAGGAGCGAUGCUCGAUAAAUUCCCCAAAACUGUGGAGCCCGCUGUAUGGUGGCCGGAGCACAGGCAAACGCAGGACAGGCAGAGUAGGAGAACAGAUGGAAAUGGUUGGAGUGUGGAGUUGGAGGAAGAAAUGAGAGAAGUAGUUGGGGUUUUGAAGAGAAAGGACACUGAAGACUAUUUGAGGCUGGGCAAAAUAGCCUUGAAAGUUAAUAGGAUGCUCGCCAUUUCUGGUCCCUUAUUGACAGGCUUAGCGGCUUGUGGAACUGUGUUCGUGGGAUCUUCUCACGGUCCCUGGGCCGCCACACUAGGAGUCGUAGCUGGAGCCAUGGCAAGCGUGGUGAACACAAUGGAGCAUGGCGGGCAAGUGGGCAUGGUGUUUGAGAUGUAUAGAAGCAACGCAGGCUUCUUCCGGCUGAUGGAAGAGACCAUAGAGUCAAAUCUGAAUGAAAGAGAUGUGGGGAGAAGAGAGAACGGGGAAUUGUUCGAAAUGAAGGUGGCUCUACAGCUAGGAAGAAGCUUGUCCGGGCUCAAGGGUCUGGCAGCAUCCUCUUGUUCUUCUUCUAAAAAAGGAGAGGCCAUUGAAGAGUUCGCAAGCAAGCUCUUCUAAUAUCGUGGUGGUUCAUCCUCAGUUUUGUUGAUAAUACACUAAAUCUUGUAUAUCAUUGUAAGCUAACCUUGUCUAUAAACACAAUAGAGCUGUACAAUCUAGUAAUUCAUUUAUUCA